UCCUAGACCUGAUCGAGGGAAACCACCCCCGGCUAGUUGCUUACCAGCGAUUUCUUCCACACCACGUUUUCAUCACCGUUCACUCGUUUCAGGUGAUUGUUUAUUUCGUCUGAUUCUUUCUACUUUUUAUUUUCAACCAUCCCCUCCGUCUCCGCCUCCGUCUCCGUCGCCCCGUAUUUUGGUGGUGCAUUUCACUCGCUUUUCUACUAAUCCUUACCGCGACGUCGUGCGAUCCGACGUAUUUACUGCGAUCCGACUGAACCGAAGCGCAUCAAAUAGGCAUUGAUCGCACGAUUUGCAUUGUCUGUUUCCGUGGUCGCAUUAGCUAGACUUGAUCGAAUCAUCAGACUUUGGACGAAGAAACCCAAUGACAGCUUAUUUGGAUUCAUGAAUUCGACUAUUUAAUAGCGAGGACGAUGAGGUUUUCCAUAGGAUCACCGCUUUUGGCGGUCAUCUCAUUCGCAUCGAUCAUCCUCCCCGUCACGGCAGAACGAAUUCUCCAAUCUACCUCUCUUAAUAUCUGUCAGGAAAACUCUGGAUUCACGGCUAGUUUGUUUAGCGUUAUUUACAACCCGGCUACCAACAAGGCUUCUGUGAAUAUAUCGGCCAUCUCUACUAUCGAAGCCAAGGUUGUAUUUGAUGUUGAAAUUACCAUCUAUGGCUACUCGUUCAUGCGCACCAUAGUUAAGCCUUGUGACCUUGGUUUGGCUGGAUUUUGUCCUAUGAAUUCAGGAAAAACGUCCGAUCCCUUCGACAUUGAUGUCCCAGGCGCUUCAUCUAGCAUCCCGUCUAUCGCCUACGACUUUCCUGAUCUCGAUGCUAAGGUUAGGAUUUAUAUCAACGCAACGGACGGUCCUCAAGCUGGUCAAAGUGUUGCUUGCGUCGAGGCAAUGGUUUCGAAUGGACAAACGGUCAACUUAAUCGGGGUUAAAUGGGCCUCGGCUAUAGUGGCUGGUUUGGCUCUUGCAUCGUCUGGAUUCCUCUCCGGGUUGGGACAUACGAAUGCUGCUUCGCACGUCGCUGCAAAUGCCUUGUCGUUGAUGGGAUACUUCCAGUCGCAGGCUAUGAUUGGCCUUGUUGGAAUUCCUCUGCCUCCUGUUGUGCAGGCGUGGACUCAAGAUUUCCAAUGGAGUAUGGGUAUCAUCGAUGUCGCUUUCAUGCAACACAUCUUCACCUGGUAUCAGCGCUCAACAGGAGGUACAGCCUCUACGUUGAUCACGCAGGCUGAUUAUUUUUCGACUGUGUCCGUAGAGGUGCAAAAGCGCGCAGUUGAUCUCUUCGACCGCGGGACCGCAAUGAUUCCUCAUGGCGUGGUGGAGCACGGUUCCAAGCUUAUGAAGCGAGCAAACGUCAUGACCUCAUAUGGGAGUUAUAUCGUGUACGGCAUCCAACGUGUUGCUUUUAAAGCAGACAUCGAAACCACGAAUCUAUUCUUGACAGCAAUUGUCUUCUUCUACCUUGUCAUGGUAGUAACCACCUUGUGCGUAGUUGCUUUCAAAGGAAUAUGCGAACUGGCUGCGAAGCAGAAGUGGAUGAAGAGCGACACUUUUCUAGAGUUCCGCAAUGGCUGGCGUACCGUACUCAAAGGCAUCCUCUUCCGAAUGGCUCUCAUUGGACAUCCUCCAGUAACAAUCCUUUGCCUCUGGGAAUUUACUCAGAAUGACUCUCCUGCACUGAUGGUCAUAGCCGUGUUCUUCCUCCUCCUUGUCAAUGCCGUACUAGCUUGGGCAGCUUACAAGGUCGUCCGAAUUGCGCAUCGUUCAGUCGAGCUCCACAGGAACCCGGCUUAUAUUUUGUUCUCGGACCCUCAGACACUUAAUAAGUGGGGCUUCCUUUACAUUCAAUUCCGCGCCUCCGCUUACUACUUCAUCAUUCCUGUCCUCGGAUACACCAUCGUGAAGUCUAUGUUCAUUGCAUUUGCCCAGAACUCCGGCAUCGUUCAGGCUAUCGCAUUCCUUCUCAUUGAGGCCGCUGCUCUCAUUGCAUCCGCGGUAUUGCGACCUUGGAUGGAUAAGAAGACCAACUCCUUUAACAUUACUAUUGCGGUUGUCAACUUCAUAAACGCCAUCUUCCUCCUUAUCUUCACUGAUGUGUUUGACCAGCCUGGAAUUGUUACAGGUGCCAUUGGUGUCGUGCUCUGGAUCCUGAACGCGGUUUGCACGCUAAUUCUCCUGCUAAUGUUAAUCAUCACUACUGGCAUUGUCAUCUUCAAGAGCAACCCAGAUGGCCGCUACAAGUUUAUGUCUGACGAUCGUACUUCUUUUAUGAAGUCUCAGAGUCAACUCGCUACUUCAACUGAGCUCGAUGCUCUAGCAGUGACUGCCCGAGGUGAAAAGCCGGGAUAUUCAUCUGGCCUUGACUUAGAUGACGAUGGAGACUCCAACCCUCGCGAUUCAUUAUUUCGGGGACAAAGCUCGAUAGCUAACUCGACAGCCAACAACUCCCAUCACGCUCCUUCCCAUUUCGCCGCGCCUCACUCGCCUACCGACCCUAUCAACAGAACUGCCAGCCCGUACAACGGGUCGGUGUCUUCAAUAUCACGUUCGCAGAAUAGUUCCAGUCCGGCUGGUUUUAAGCCACCUGCUAGCCCAAGUCCCUGGCAACGUGGAGCUGGCUACGAACACUGACGAGGCUCGUCAAAGCACUAGCAGAAACAAACUAUGAAGCCAUUGGUAUUUCACAUAUGACCUAUUUGGUUUAUAUGCACAUAUUGGUAUGCUCACAGGCACGGACUUUUUUUUACCUUGAGUUGUGCGGAAUGAAAUUAAGGAUAUCCAAAGCAGGUUGCAUAUGUUUGGCGGAUAUGCGUUCUUGGAGGAGCAGGGAGCAAUGGGAAGAGUUUCUAGCAUACAUGGCGUUUGGGUAAGGAAUGAUGCUCAUAGCUGGUAUUGUGUUGCACAAUUUUCAGUUGAUUCGUGAUAUAUAUUUUGUCCAGACUAUUUACUAAAUUAAUGUUUAGCUAUGUGCAGCUCUAAGCAUUUUACCUUAAAGGUCUUUGUUUCUAUGUUACUUUAGAGACUAUUGGAAGGUUUCUCGACCGUAUACUUAUUAUUCAAGGAACAAUAUAUUAUUGUCCAUCUUUUAA